AGGGAUCAACAUUCAACGACAACGUUACAUUCCCCAGCCCAGGCAGAGACAUUUCGUCAGUGACAAAAGCGCCAGCCAGGUCAGCUCUUGUCCGGCAAGGGGCAUAUUGUACAUUUUUAUGUAUGAUUUGGCCCAAUGACAUGACAUGAGUGUGACACCGCACCAACAGACCGGUCGUACUUUUUUGUCCUUGCUGAUGCCUCGAGAUGGUUGUGUUUGCCUGUAAUUCCUGUGGGGAGUCCAUGAAAAAGGCACAGGUGGAGAAACACUCGUACAAGUGUCGCCAAUGUAAUGUCUUAUCAUGUGUUGAUUGUGGGAAGGAAUUUUGGGGUAAUGAUUAUCAGCAACACACCAAGUGUAUUACUGAAGAUGAGAAAUAUGGCGGAAAGAACUACAAGCCCAAACCAGGAGCUAAUAAAGGAGAAAUAAAGCAGGAACUUUGGAUCCAGCAAGUUCAAGAUGCUAUAAACAACACAAAGGGCAACCCAAAGCUUCUGGGACUCCUGGAAAAACUCAAAGACUAUCCAAAUAUUCCCAGGAAGAAAGUGAAAUUUGAGAAUUUUGUCAAAAACAGUUUACGCGUGAGAGAACAGUGGUUGAUAGACCAAGUUUGGGAAGCAAUGGCAUCUAAUAUUCAGAAACCGCCAACAAACAGUACUCCAAAUUCCGCGCCGCAAAAGAAUGGAGAAAACGGAAAAGCAGAAUCUCUACCAAGUGUGGAAUCGACUGAUGCAACUUCCCAAGAAGAGACGGAGCGAAAGAAAAGUAAACGAGAGAAAAAGGAAGAGAGGAGCAAGAAACAGAGCAAAAAACAAAAGAAAACAAAAACUGAACAGGACACUGAGGAACCCCAGCCGAAGAAAAGUAAGAAGAGAAAACGGGACGACUCAGUGGAUGAAGACGAGGAGAUUGUGCAGCGGGAAGUUACCAAGAAGAAGAAGAAGAAAAAACAUUGCGAUGAAGAGGAUGAAGUUCAAGAAGCAUUGAAUACAUCGCAAACAUCAGUGACUUCACCUGUGAAGCAAAAGUUCAAUUGGGAGCAAUGCAUUCUACAAGUAUUGCGGAAGAAUGAGAAUGAAUUGAAGAUAAAGAAACUACGAAAGAAGGUUCUGAAUGAAUACUUGUCAUGUUGUGGGGACCAGAAUAGGAAGUCGGAUGAACAGUUGUGGUCGUUGUUCGAAAAGAAAGUCAAACAUACAUAUGGACUAAAAAUUCAAAAAGAGAGAGUGAAGUUGAUCGAAUCAUGAUUAGUGCCCUACGAAAUUGUUACUGUACAAUGCAUUUUAAUAGAGUUUAUUCUGGUUACGAAUUGAGGAGCUGUCUGUAAAGAAUGUUCUUUAUUCAAGGUAAAGGAGAGGGGUCUGAAAGUGAAAAUUUAGCAAGGAUUGCGGGCUUGUUCUUGCCUAUUGUAGGGGGUCCUAAAUUCCUGUCAUUGAUGCAAACAGGUUCUUUAUGGGUGGCUCCCUAACGCUGCUGCUCUUAUAUUGUUGGGCAGUGAGUGAGCAGUUCUGAGGCCUAUUCCCUCAGGUGGCUAUUAGCUUUGGCUCUACGCACACGACUGACAAACUGAUGAUGAAAAAAAAGAAGUGUUUAUAUAAAUCAGAGCGUUGUUUUUCAGCUGGUUAUCAAGAAUACACUCGAUGAAAUGAAACAAUUUAGAGAAUUUGACUUGGUUCAGGGUUAAGUGGCAAAGAUCUUAGCAUUUUUAUUCUCCUGAGUAAGUCGAAUAAUUCUUCUGUUUAUGGUGAUGAGCAUUAAUGUUUGCUUAUCACUGAUUGCAUGCAUUGAUGUACAUGUAAUAAUUGUUGAAUUAUUUUGUUAAUUCUGAUGAGCUACAUAGAAAUGUAAA